GCGUAUUUAGACGAUGUCGUAUUGGGACGAACAAGUUCUAAUAAACCCAAAACCUUAAACUUCUAGCUUCCAUUUUCUUUGCAAUUUAAUUCUUUCAUAGUGGAAAAUGACUACACCGUUGAUAGCAGGCAUGGCAGUAGCUGCUGCUGCUUAUGCGGGGAGAUACGGUAUCCAGGCUUGGCAGGCGUUUAAGACGAGGUCUCCGACUGCUAGCUUGCGAAGAUUUUACGAGGGUGGUUUUCAACCUGUAAUGACUAGGCGAGAAGCCGCUUUAAUACUUGGAAUUAGAGAAAGUACUCCUUCCGAUAAGGUCAAGGAAGCUCACCGGAGAGUAAUGGUGGCAAAUCAUCCAGAUGCAGGUGGUAGCCAUUACCUUGCUUCUAAAAUAAACGAAGCAAAAGAUAUGUUACUCGGAAAAGCCAAGAGUGGUGGUUCUGCAUUUUAAAGCCGAGAAUUGCAUUCCAUCAGCAAAAGAUUGAAACUACACUUACACUAGAGAAGCUCAAAUCAAAUUCUUAAAAAGAUUGUGAUUACGGAAUGUAAUGUUGCGCCGUUAAACUUUUAACCUAUAGAUGUAACACCGAUUGGAUUUUAUAAUGUAUUUUCUCAUGAGUGUUUAUCUCA